UAAAAGUGCUGCGAGAUGGCCCGCUAUAUAAAGUAGCCGCGGCUCGGUCAGACAUCAUAACCACAUUGACUCUACAACCGUACACAACAUGGCCAAGUGGAUCGUCGCCCUCGCUCUGAUCGGCUGCGCGGUGGCUGAGCCCCCCGUCGGCUACAGCUACUCGGCGCCAUCAUCGCUAUACGUGGUGGGCGGCGGCCACGGCUCAUCGCUCAGCAGCGGUGGCCACUACCACCCCGUGCCCGUCGGCUACCAGACCUCCGAGGGCUACUCCGUCGACCCCCAUCUCCUGGAGAAGGUCAAGCACAUCAUCCUCAAGGAUGAGAUCCAGAACCAGGCUUACCAAUCCUCUUCCUCCCACGGUCACGGAAUCUCCUCCCACUACGGUGCCCCCGCGCCCGUCUACGGUGUUCCUCACGAGAGGAUCGUAGGCAUUGAGCUCGACCACAUCCAGCAGGGCAUUCAGGUGGCGCAGUACCACCAGGCCGAUGAGGGUUACGGUUACGCCAGUGGAUAUUCCGGCUACUCCGGCGGCCACGGUGGCUACAGCAGCUAUUCCGCUCCCUCUGUGAGCUACACCACCAUCGGAGUACCGUCCGGAUCCUACGGAGUGCCCUCUCCCUCAUCCUCCUACGGCGCUCCCCAUCAUUAAACGAAACGAAUUAGUCAUUUCAUCUCAUUGUAAAAUAUGAAAACACCAUGUGAUCGCACCUUAGAAAAUAUUAUGUAU